CAGCCGCAGAGCUUCGAGUCCCGCCCGCCAUGUCGCUCGCAAGAAACGCGCAGACGGCGACGCCCCCAAUGCCUUCAACGCCAUCCGCCCAGACUCAGCAGCAGCCCACGCCAAACGGGGCAUGGCGACAUCCGCAGUUUGACGAGAUUGCGCGUCGCCAGUACGCUACCGUAUUCGACGAGCGCAACGUCCGAGCCAUCGUGCUCAAUUCGGGCCUGCUGUUUCUCUCGAUAUACGGUCGCGGUGUCACGGAAAAGGUGAAGCUGCUCGAGUACGCAGCGACUCCGAUCCAUGCCCUGGCCAGAGCAGUGCCCUUCAGUGCAUGGGCCAUAGUGCUUGUCCGCCUCGUCUUCGCCGCCAACAUAGUCAUCGCCUUCCUCCCCCUCGUCCGCCGCUACUACCCCGACGACAUCGCCGACAUACCGCUUACGCCCUCGCAGCGCGCGUCCAUGGGCCUCAAGACCGACGUCCAUGCACCGCCGACCCCGGGCUCUGCCUAUGCCUCGCCAAACUACGUUACCCCGCCGCGCUAUCAGCGUUCGACGCCGCGCAGCAACAGCUUCAGCAACCCCGACUAUGGUUCUCCUCUCAACGGCAGCCCGCGCCCCAACCUGGGAAGGUCGACUUCUUCAAACUCGCCUUUUAGUCUCAGUGGGUCGGCGACCCAGCGGCUGCACUAUGGAAACUCGAUGAGCAGCAGUUUGUUUGGCGAUAGUACUAGUAGUGCGACACCAGGCACCCCUACACCAUCGACAGGCAAGGCCAGCGUGGGGUUGAACAAUAAGUGGCUGUACGAGAAGCGAAGGGACAGCCCCAAGAGCAACCUCUUCUUGUGA